CUUUCUUCAUUCGCCUUUCGUUCCGUGAAGCUUCAAAAGAGAAUAUAGAUCCCUGGUGUACACGCACCCGCGUUAAAAUGGCAGUCUAAAGGCGUGCGGCGGCUACCUUUGCAGCGGCAAUAACCCGGCAGUGCAGCGCAAACGCACUGGCUAUUCUUGGCAAAAUGGCGUCUCUCUCGGCAACCACCCUCAGCUCUGCUGCCGUCGACAGCACAACCGAACCUCUCGACUUAACGUCAUCAGACUCCUCUUUGUUAUUAUUCACCUUUUCACAACAACCACUGACCAGCAGCUGCCAUGACACUCUCCCAGCUCGUGUUGGAGGACGUGGAGGCCCUGUACUUAGGGCCCUCAUUUCUGAUGGCUGACCCCAUGGGGCCCCUUCUGGACCAAGAUGAUGAAGCUCUUUCUCCCUCUUCCUCUCUAGAGGGGAAGGCACCAGCUUCACCCCUCUCUUCCUCCUUCUCCUUAGAUUCUUCCCAGUCUCCUUAUCAGACCCUGUCGUCCUCACCACUCUCUUCUGCCUCCCCACCUCUUACUCCCUCACAUACCUCUUUUCAUGGAACCAAGGACGUAUCAGACUCUUUGUCUUUCCCCUGGCUGAAUACCAGCGACCUGCUUGAUGCCCAUGUAGGAGCAGACGAUGGCAAAGAUGAUGCUUUUGAGGGUAUGGACUGGAUGUCAGAAAAAAUUGAUCUGAGUGAAUUUGACCUGGAUUCCCUUAUUGGCUCCUGCACAUCAGAUGAGUCCCCCAACUCCCCAGAGGAUCUCUUGGCCUCACUUGACUCCCACAUAGAUCUGGAUCUAGACUCCUUUGACACAACCAUCCCUGUUCUGAACAACAGCCUCAAGCUGUCACUGCCCAGCAUCCCCGCUCUUCCACUUGAGCUCUCCUUUCCUGGGGCUACUGAGGCCAACAAGACAGAGAUUGUUCCUGAGCAGGAGGUUGUCAUGAAGUCUGAGCCUCCCUCCCCCAUCCCCUCCUCUUCGGUCUACACAUUGGAGCUUGGAAGUGAAGUUGAUGUCCUGGAUGCAGAGAAAAUAGCAACAUCCAUCACAGCCACCAUCAUUCCAGAUCCCAAUGGAAGCAUUCAGACCAGCAGCCCCAUUGUGCUUUCCCUUCCCUCAUCUGGGCACAUUGUGGUGGUGCUCACCAAGAAAGAAGAGCCCUCCCUCAUUGCCCUCUCUGACCAGUCCAUCAUAGUCUCACCUCCAUUGAGUGAUAGCGACAGCGACUCUGGUAUCGAAUCUGGGUCCAGCUCACCUUCUCGCCUCCCCUCACUGCAACCAACCCUCUCUCAAUCAGCUGGUUCGUCCCGGACUAAACCCUACUCAAAACCAGAGCCCCCUGCGACUUCCUCUCCCAAGGUCAAAUCAGUGUCUGGCGCUCCGAAGGUGGAGAAGAAGGUAAAAAAGAUGGAGCAGAACAAGACAGCUGCCACUCGCUACAGACAAAAGAAGAGGGUGGAGCAUGAGCUGCUGGGCACAGAGAUGGAAGAGCUGGAGAAGAGGAACCAGGAGUUGACAGAGAAGGCGGAGUCCAUCAGCCGAGAAAUUCAGUACUUGAAAGAUCUGAUGGAAGAAGUACGUAAGCACCGACGGGGAAAGACCAGUUCAGUGGCGCAGUAACCAGAGCGUGUUUGGCACAAAGUAAUAAUGGCAUUACAAUUCUACUCUAAUGCACGUUUGUCUUUUCAAUUUGUUUUAAGAGUAGAAUGAGAAACUGGCCCCUGAACAGAAAAUAGGGAAUAGCUGGAUGAAGAGAAAAGCCUCUGAAAGUUGAGAUUAUUAGUGUAGAGCAGGGGGCUGGGAGGUAGUCAGGUGAAGCAUCUGUACAUGCUUGUCUCUCAGUCCCCUGUUAGAUCCCCAUAAUGAACUAACUUUUAAACUAGCAGUACUUGUUCCAAAGGAAAUGUAGCAUAUUUGUAGACUAGGCAUGAUAAUCACUGUAACUCCUAGUGGUAAUGUAGACCUAAAUCCUUACAAAAAAGUAUUCCUCACACUCCAGCAUCUUGGAAGACUGUUUACCACAGCUCAGUUGAAAUAAAAUAAAAGUCCUUCAUAAGUCAAGUGAUAUAUGACUUUUACCCUGGUUACCCAACCCCCUUUAACCCUUUGUCACCCAAUUUCUAACUUCCUCUUGACAGCUUCAUGACCAGAAAGGGGCCUCUGCUUAUUUAUGAAUUCUUGAUGUUACACUGUCUUCAUGGAUGUUUUUGUGUAUAUAGUUUUCUCCUCCUUUGCUUCGCCGAUUGUGGCUUUCGUUAUUUAAUGCUGGAUAAACCUGAUAGUGGCUCUAGUCGCUCAGUCUCUUAAUGCACCUGGCUUGUAAAAAGCUCUUUUUCUUUUCUAAUAAAUAUCUAUCUGUACUCAA